AUCCACCUGGACUCCUUCAACCAGAGUGCGACCAUGAACGGUUGCACCGAUGAAGAAAAGUGCCUACUUUUCUUCCAGACCUUGCGGAACCGAGCCACUGAAUGGUUCAAUAAGCUUCGCCCGGGAAGCAUUGACUCGUUCAGUGAUUUGGCCUCAAAAUUCAAGGCCAAGUUCCAGGAGAAUUGUACUAAGAGGAAGAAGUUCACCUAUCUUAGUACAGCCGGGCAGAGGGAGUCUGAGAACCUCACUCAGUUCCUUACCCGGUGGAAGGAAGAGGUAGACAAGGUGGAAGAGAUGGAUGACAAGACCGUCCUCUCCCUCCUCUUGAAUGGCUUGCGUGCUGGGGAACUAUACAAGGAGUUCUGCCGGAAACCCCCAGCCACAUACCAAGAGGCCUACCAUACUGCAUGGGAGUUUGCUGAAGCUGAAACCCAGCUCCGGGCAAAGAGAGAAGCUGAGCAUGGUCACAAGCCCAAGCCGGUGCAAGUCAAGAAGGAAGAAGCACCGGGACCUAGCCGGCCGAGGCACCACUAUGACCCGGUCAUCCGAGUGGUCAAUACAGAAGAAUGCCAAGAAGUCCGGAAAGCACCGGUCAUUCCUCUAGAAAACCCUACCGGUCAAGUAGGGCGGCAGUGGUCGGGCACCUAUUGUUCGUACCACAGGUCUGAUUCCCAUAACACCUCCGAAUGCAAGAGUGUUAAAGGGGUCAUCCGGCGGAUGAUCGACAGUGGAGAGCUGGGCAAAGAUUACUUGCAGAAAGCCCAGGAGAAGAGUCAUCAGUGGGUUAGGCCAACUGCCCCAGGGAAUGACCGGGACAAUGACCGGCGGAGAAAUAACCGGCCAAGGGAGCGGCAACCUGCCCCCGAAAAAAAACACAUCGGCAUGAUCUUCGGCGGACCCGAGGGUGGAGAUUCAACCGCGCAGCGGAAGAACUGGGUCCGGAGCAUUUACGUUGGAGAGGUAAGUGCUGAACCGCCCAGGCGUAAACAUACUAGGAGGGAGCCAAUCGUCUUUACUGACCGGGAUCUCCCUCCUACCGGUGAAGAUCACAAUGAUCCAUUGGUCAUCACCAUGGACAUUAAUGGGAUAGAUGUCGCCCGGGUACUUGUUGACACCGGCAGCAGCUUCACGGGGGAUACCGUUGAAGCUGAAGGAUCCAUAGUUCUACCGGUCGAACUAGGAUCAGGUGAAAAGACCGUGUGGAAGAAGAUGCGGUUCAUAGUUGUGGACAUCAAAUGCGUCCACAACGCAAUUCUAGGAAGGCCAGGCAUCAAUAAAGUCGGAGCGGUGAUUUCCAUGCCUCAUCUAUGCAUGAAGUUCCACACUCCAGGUGGUGUGGGUGAGGUGAAGGGCGACCAGAGGAACACCCGGGAAUGCUAUGCCCGGGCAGUCAAGAAAAUGACCAGGGGGGUCAAUGUCAUCUCCCAAGAGAUCACAAAGGGAGAGACCCGGGAGAAACUGGAACCCGAGGCUGAGACGGUGGAAAUCGAACUUCACCCGGGUGAUUCUUCGAGGAUGGUCAGAAUUGGAGCAAAUCUCCCCGAGGAUCUCAAGGAGCAGAUUACACGGGUCCUCCAAGAAUACGCGGGCAUAUUCGCAUGGAGCGUGGCGGAUAUGCCCGGGAUAGAUCGCUCUGUUAUCUGCCACCGGUUGGCCGUGAGGGAGGGAAGUCGACCGGUACGCCAAAAGAAGCGGUACCUGGCCAGUGACCGGCGAGACUUCGUCAAGAAGGAAGUGAAAGACCUCCUCAGUGUUGCGACCCGUGUCAGUAGAGGACAACUGGAGAUGCUGAAGAAUCCAUCCAAGGCACUACUCGACAAAGGGAAUGAUCCCCUUCACAAGGCGACAAGGCAGCUUGAGGACGAAACCAGUCACCUUGCACCACAUCAGCAGCAUGCCCCCACGUGGGCGCACGUGGUCCUGUCCCCUUAGCCUAGUAUAAAUACUCAUGUAAACCUCAGAAAGAGGGAUCCGAAUUCAUUCUCUCUAAACUCCCUUGUAAAAGCACCCGUGCAUUCUUCGUUAUAAUAUAAAUCGGGCUACAGGUGUUCCACCUAAAGUCCUACCGGUCAAUUUGCGUGUUUUUACCUUUCUUACUUUGCCAAAUCAAGCGAACUAUUCUAG